AUGUCAUCAUUGGAGGAGCAUGCACCACAGCAGAUUCAAGUGUUGUUGGAUCCUGUCUACAAGAACUUCGAGUUGGAGGGAUGGCGCUGGAAAAUUGCAACCGUCUACUUACAUUUCUUCGAAAAAGAGCAAGUGAUCCAGCGGCACCAAAAGGUAAGCCGGGACUCGGACCAUGCUGCAUCGGCUGGUUGCCAAGAACGCGUCAUGUCUGAAAACGAAGACGGAAACCCGAAAGGGUGUGCCCACCUGGUUGUGUACUUUGCACCAAAGAGCAAUCAGAAGCGCAAGCGCUCUCAGUCGCACGUGUAUCUUCGGUUUGUGCUGCAAAAGACAAACCUAGAACAUUUUGCGGCUAUUGAUAAACUAGCUCGUAGGCUUCGUCGACCAGUCUCAGCAUUCUCAUACGCAGGCACGAAAGACAAAACAGCUAUCACAUUCCAGCACAUCGUGGUUAGUGGAAUCGAGUCUGAUCGUCUCUUAAGCAUCAACACAUCUGCAGGUGACACGACAACGGCCAUUCGGGUUGGAAAUUUGAAGUAUGUCGAAAGUCCGAUGUCAUUAGGUGAAGCAAGUGGGAACAGGUUUACAAUCGUAGUCCGAUAUCUUUCCGCCGAGCCGCAGUCCACUUACAAAAUUUUUCGGUCGACGCUUGAGUCUGCACUGAGCGAUGUUGAGCGUCAAGGCUUUAUCUAUUACUUUGGCUUCCAGCGCGUUGGUCUGCCGACGAGUACGGUGAGACCGUACCAUAUUGGUAAGAUGAUGAUUGCUUGCAAAUGGGAAGAAGCUUUGAGACUUAUCUUACAAGUUAAGCAAACGGAUUCUGAGGCUGCUGUCAGAGCAAAACGGCUUUAUCUUGAGUCGGGUGACGUUGAAGAUGCUCUCAAGCAUAUGCCACGCGGCAUGUCCAUAGAACGUCAAGUGCUCCAGCGAUUAAAACGGCACGGAAGUGGUGCAUUUGAGCAGGCGAUUCGAACUGUGGCGCACUCGCGUCGCGUGAUGUACAUGCACGCGUACCAAAGCUUUCUUUUCAUCGGAUGGCAUUGUUUCGGCUGCGCCAUUACGGAAACAUACAUGGUUGUCGUAGGUGAUCUGAUUCAGUGUAAUACCCAGAGCGUUAGGACUGGUUAUCCUACCGCUGGCUGGCACAAGCGUUGUUUUACAUCCAACGCGACGAAGGACGCGUGUAUCAAGAUAAUGGAGCAAGAUGGCACGAAAGAAGCUCUCAUUGAGUCGGGUCCAUUGAAAGGCGCCUACCGAUCUCUGAUUGCGUACCCAUGUCACCUGGACUGGACUUGGCAAGAAGACCAUGAUGAGUCGCUCUCACUGCAGCUCUCGUUCUCACUUAACACUGGAUGCUUUGCUACUAUGUGCUUACGAGAGUUGCUUCAUUCGGACAUCUAG